GGGGAAAGCGAAAGCGCUAAGCCAGAGGCAUGAUCGAUUUGAACAGAAACACACGAAUCAGACGCCCUUUGGCUGUUGGAAUCUCUCUAUCGGUCGCUUUAUAAAGCAAUCCUGCAAGGCACUUCACCACAGACCCGGACUUAGUAAGGGAGCCACCAGAAAUCACACACAGUCCAAACAACAACAACAACAGCAGCAGCAGCAACGGCGCCAGUUAGAGCAGAGGGCUUUCCUUCUCGGUGACUCCCAGGUGCAGAAGAUUCUAAAGAGCCAUUUUUAACUGGAUUAAUGAACCAAAUAGUCUUGCUUAGGACCAUUAUUUACUUGCAUCUCUGACAUCAAUAGAGAGGAAGCUUCAAGAUAAUCAUGUGUAGCAUAUGCCAAGAUGAUGCAGGCAGCUGCAUCUUUUGUGGAGGAAUGUCUGGAACCCUUCUUUAGUUGAUGAGCAAAUAUAUUUCCCUGGAUCAUUCUUCAUCUGAAUCCUUAAUAACCAUGAAUAAUGUUCACAUGCCAUAGCAAGUCUUGACGGAUGUAUAAUAAACUGUUCAGAGACAUUUCCUGCCAUGAACAGAACUGUGUAACAAUUACUUCUUAGCGUAGAGCUGCAAGAGAACUAAUGCCUAUAAGACUACUAUGUGGAAAGUUCCACAGAGAAAGAGAAGUCUGUGAACUUGGAACAGCUCUGGAGAAAUGGGAGCAACUGAACUUUAAAAAGCACAGCACUGGAUACACUUCAUGUGCCUGUACGGCUUUCGAGUGAACUAGCACUUAAGACCUCGUGUGACAAAAUGGACUCUGGAGAUGCAGCUGUAGGGCAAAACGCUACCUCAAGGUCUGGAGAAACCGCUAAAAUACCAAGUAGAUGGAGGCAGGAACAAUCAGCUAAUGUUAAGAUGAGCACGGUUGGCAGCCUGGAAGGACAGGCACAAAUAGAUCCCGAACACGUGGGAAACCCUGCGUCCGCACAGCUUUUUCCUUCUGGGAAGGCGGUAUCAUCUAGCGAUGCUACCCAACAAGUCACUGACAAGCAAUACCCACAGCACCUUCCGAGUCCAUACUCAUGUCAACAUUCGCUUUCUUUCCCUCAACAUUCGUUGCCACAAGGAUUCUUGCACAACCUAAAACCACAUCAGAGCCUAGAAAGUAAUAAAUGGUCAUAUCCUGGCCAUUUGCAACAGGUUUCCUCCGAGGACUUGUUUCCAUUUCAAGUGCAUGGCCAUAGUGGAAGUUUCUCCAGAAAGAAAAUUUCCGGUUUGAACCCUGCUUAUAGCCAGUAUUCUCAGAAAUGUAUAGAGUCAGAAGAUGGUCAUAAGAAAGAACACAAACCCAAAAAGCCUGGCAAAUACAUAUGCCCUUACUGUAGCAGGGCUUGUGCCAAACCUAGCGUACUUAAGAAACAUAUUAGGUCCCACACUGGGGAACGUCCAUACCCUUGUGUCCCUUGUGGUUUCUCGUUUAAGACAAAGAGCAAUUUAUACAAGCACAGGAAAUCGCAUGCCCAUGCAAUUAAAGCAGGAUUAGUACCUUUCACAGAAUCAGCUGUAUCUAAGUUGGACCUAGAUGCCAGUUUCAUUGAUGUGGAAGCAGAGAUACAUUCAGAUGGGGAGCAGAGUACAGAUACUGAUGAAGAGACUUCAUUACUUGUUGAAGGUUCUGACAAACUGAGCCCAGUUCCGCAGAUUCCAUUGGACAUUACUAGCAGAAGUGGCUUUCACACAUCCAUAGAAGAAUCCUUGGGAGGCCCAAUGAAAGUCCCUAUUUUGAUUAUUCCUAGAAGUGGGGUACAAUUACCAUGUGAAAGCUCCCAGCACGUUGGGUCUGAUAGUCUGCAAAACCCAUUAAGUACUAAGUCUGAUGACUCUCAUACAGUUAAGCAGCGACUUGCACUAAGACUGUUUGAAAAGAAAGGGCAAGAUUCUGAGCAGUCAUUAAAUCUCUUGAGCCCACAUAGUAAAGGAAGCACCGAUUCUGGUUAUUUUUCACGUUCAGAAAGUGCAGAGCAGCAAAUUAGUCCACCCAAUACCAAUGCAAAGUCUUAUGAAGAAAUAAUUUUUGGGAAAUUCUAUAGAAUUAAUCAAAGGACGGCACAACCUUUAGCGACAGCCAAUCAGGAUCAUAGCUCAAUGGGUAGAAAAGGCAAAGUGGAGCCAUUACCUCUCAUAAGCCCUAGGUUGGAUAUCAAGAUGCUUGAAGAGCGAAUGUCUCCAAAUAAAGAAGCACUAAUUGAUCCUAGUAAAAUGAGCACUAUAAAAAUUAGCCAAGCCUUUAAUGAUAGUAAUUCAGAAUCCAAACACUCUCAGACAGUCACACCAUUCAUCAAAAGUGAAUCAAGCCCGUAUCCAGGAAGUCACCCAGGUGAUACAUCUUUCCUCCUAGAACCUCCAGCAGAUACAAACCCACUUAUUAGAAGUAACUCCAUGCCAACAUCCUCCGCAACCAAUUUGAAUGUUCCAUCAGCUUUAAGAGGAAGCCAUUCGUUUGAUGAGAGGAUGACUGGUUCAGAUGAUGUAUUUUAUCCUGAGACAAUAGGAAUACCCCAUCAGCGGAUGUUAAUAAGACAAGCCGCCUUUGAGUUGCCAUCAUUGCAAGAAGGACACUCAGAUUCAGAGUACCAUGGGAGAAUGGGGAAGAACAUUAUGGUUGCUUCCAGCAGGUCAGGAGAAAAAGGGCCAGGGCUGAGAGAGAAGAAGUUGCCCUCAGGGGAGAGACUCUUCUAUGAGGGAGAUUCCUCGGUAAAGCACUACAGAAAAUGGGAAGAUUAUGGGGCUCUGAAGCAAAGCUACAGAGAGGUAUCAAGUCUGAGUGGGUCAAAACAAGGAGGAGAAUUUUAUUCAGAUUCACCUACACAAUUGCAGUCUUCUACAUAUGGCAUUGUAUUUGAAAAUAGAAAGCGCAGAAUACAGAAGAGUGUUGGAGAUGAGGAAGACACGCCAUCCCUGUGCAGUGGUGCUACUGGCAGUCCCGUGACAGGGGAUUUCGAUCCUAAAUCACAAAUCCAGGAAGGACCAAGGAGUGGAUACACUAUUCAAAGCCACGAUAGUUCCCCUCAUUCUCACCCAGAGCGCUUUGAAAUCUGUAGACCCCAUCUCCAGUCGGGCAGUCCAGCUACCAGUUUAGAAGAGUGUUCCUUAACUGCUGAGCAAGAAAAGGCGGCAGAGUCUCUGAGCAGAAAAGGAAACGUAAUCUCUGUAAUUCAGCACACAAAUUCAUUAAGCCGGCCAAACUCAUUUGAAAGGUCUGAAUCGACAGAGCUUGUUGCUUGCCAGCAAGAUAAACUUUAUUCGUCAUCUGAGACUUGCGAAAGUGAGAUUGCAGAGUCCCCAAUGAGCCCCGAUCGGGUUCUGCAGACAGAACAUGCUGACAGUGUUAGCAAACAGCCUUCGACCUCAUCCCAACAUUCUCAGCCAUAUCAUAUGCAGCUCAGACUUGUUCGCCAGCAUAAUAUACAGGUACCUGAGAUUCGUGUCACGGAGGAGCCAGAUAAACCUGAGAGAGAGAAGGAAGUCCCAGCAAAAGAACAAGAGCGGCCUCCAGAAGAAUUCCAGUGGCCACAGAGAAGUGAAACCCUUUCCCAGCUCCCAGCCGAAAAGCUCCCUCCGAAGAAAAAGCGCUUGCGGCUUGCUGACUUGGAGCAAGUCUCCUCCGGGGAGUCUAGCUUUGAGUCCACAGGGACGAGCCUUUCCCGUAGCCCAAGCCAAGAGAGUAACUUGUCACAUAGUUCAAGUUUUUCAAUGUCCUUCGAAAGGGAGGACAGUAUCAAGUUCAUAACCUCAACCAAACCAGAUGACUUUGGCAAACAGUCUGAGUUUUUAACCGUCCCAGCUGGUACUUACUCGCUGUCCGUCCCGGGGCAUCACCAACAGAAAGAAAUGCGUCGCUGCUCAUCUGAACAGAUGCCGUGUCCUUGCCCUGCUGAAAUCCCUGAGAUACGAAGUAAAUCCUUUGAUUACGGGAAUCUGUCUCAUGCUUCUGCAGUGGGGGCACUUCCUACUACUUUAUCUCCAGUCCGAGAGAGGAAGAAAUGCUUUUUGGUUCGCCAGGCUUCUUUCAGCGGCUCCCCAGAGAUUUCCCAGGCUGAUCCGAACAUGGAACAAAACAUAAAGCAAGAACAAAUGGAACAUGGACAUGCCAGUCUUCGGUCUUCCCAAGUUGCUUGGCCUCAUUCCCCCUCUUCUAUUCAGCUGGAUGAUUCCGGGAAACAGUCUGCUGGUUCGUGUCCCCCACGUAGCAGUAGCUUAUCUCCACUUUCCCACCCCUCGAUCCCACAAGCACCUUAUAUUUCAAGCAAAUAUUCAGCAGAACAGCAGCAUCUAUUUGCAAUCCAGGAAAAGGUUCCCUUUCUCCCCAUCCACAACUCAUUGCUGCAGCUUCCGUACCCCUCCGUCUGCAUGGUUCACUUGCCGUCUCAACCCCUGUGGCCUUCCGAACUUUCACAGACACACUUUCAACAUCAUUUUGCGCAGCAGCUUCAAAAAUCCUACUCUAAGCAACCUUUCCUGGCAGAAAGUCACCCAGGCUACCAUCCGGAAUAUGCUCAGGAGCAUAUCCGAAAGAAAGCUGCUGAUUACGUACAUUCUAAAGAGCAAACUUACCAGCAUUACUCAGGAACAUCUGGGCAGUAUUCUAAAAAUGCACUCACGACAUACCAGCCAGAUUGUAGCAUUAAAUCAACAGAUACCUCUUCUGAGCAGCAGCUACAGGUAGAUUUUGAAACCCAGAAUAUUGGACCUGUUCGAUCGUUACCAGGUACAGUUGUGCCUGUCAGGAUCCAGACCCACGUGCCAUCCUAUGGUAGUGUCAUGUACACAAGCAUUUCCCAGAUUCUUGCUCAGAGCAGCAGCCCAGCAAUUGUCAUUUGCAAAGUAGAUGAGACUCUUUCUCAAAGAACGUUAGCAACCAGUGCAGCCAUGCACGGAAUAGGGUAUAACAUAGCGCAGAUGUUAGGCCAACACGGAGGGUUGGAAAAAUACCCCUUGUGGAAAGUACCGCAGACCUUGUCACUAAACUUAGACCCCUCCAUCCCAUUGUGCUUGACCUCCAGUUCCGAUACUGCCUCUACCCUUGGUGGAAACAAGCGGAUGCUUUCACCGGCAAGCAGCUUGGAGCUCUUUAUAGAGACCAAACAGCAAAAGAGAGUCAAGGAUGAAAAAAUGUAUGGACAGAUUGUUGAGGAACUAAGUGCUGUCGAACUCACCAGUUCAGACAUAAAGAAAAGCUUUCCCAGACCACAAAAGCCUCAGCUGGUUAGGCAGAGCUGUACUACUGAGCCAAAAGAAAGUGUGCCGUCCACUUCGCCUUCUUCUCCGUUAUCGUCCUCAUCAUCUCAAGAUUUGCCAGCGACCACUGAGCCUUCUCCACUGAUCAGGGAAAAGCUUUCCAGUUUUGACUCUGCUUCACCAGUGCAAAAGUCUAGUGGCACUUCCGAAGGCAGAGAAUCCCCAGAAGAAUUGGAUGUAGAUGAAACGGCAUCAGAUAUGAGUCUAAGCCCGCAGAGGACUUCAUUGUCCAUGGGAGAAAGCCAGAUAGAAGAAUCCAAGCAACAAAAAUUACCAUUUGGUAUGUUGGUACAAAUGGCAUCCCAACCAAGCGGAAAAGCUGUGACCUCGACGAUUCUCCUGACGGAUCUUUCAGACAUCCAACAAAUCCUGCAGUUCCCUAGUCUGCGCACCACGACGACUGUGAGCUGGUGUUUCUUAAACUACACAAAGCCCAGUUUUGUUCAACAAGCAACCCUAAAAUCAUCCGUUUAUGCAUCGUGGUGCAUUAGUUCAUGUAACCCAAACCCAUCAGGACUGAGUACAAAGAUUACUCUUGCACUCCUACGGUCCAAGCAGAGAAGCAGCACAGAAAUCUAUACACUGUCUCCAAUGCAUAGGCCUGGAGCAGGGAAACUGACGUCAUCAAGUGCAUGGAAACAGUUUGCUCAGAUGAAGCAGGAGCCAUUCUUUGUAUUUGGCAGCAAGUUUGAAAAGAAAGUAAUGGGGAAUGUUAUCAAAGAAAGAAUUAAAGGAGAUAGCCAUGGUGAUAAAGAUAUUGCAGCCAAACAAACUGAGCCAAUGCGAAUUAAAAUUUUUGAAGGAGGGUAUAAAUCUAAUGAGGAUUAUGUAUAUGUCAGAGGACGUGGACGUGGAAAGUAUAUUUGCGAAGAAUGUGGGAUUCGCUGCAAGAAGCCAAGCAUGCUCAAGAAACAUAUCCGCACUCACACCGAUGUACGGCCUUAUAUAUGCAAGUUGUGUAAUUUUGCCUUCAAAACAAAAGGAAAUCUGACGAAACAUAUGAAAUCUAAAGCACACAUGAAAAAAUGCUUGGAGCUGGGGGUAUCAAUGACAUCUGUGGAUGAUGCUGAAACGGAAGAAGCAGAAAAUAUGGACGACACACACCAUGAAGUUGAGAAGAGCAAUAUUACUGGCACAUCAACUGAUCACCAGUUCUCUGAUGCUGAAGAAACAGAUGGAGAGGAUGGAGAGGACAAUGAUGACGAUGAUGAAGAUGAGGACGAUUUUGAUGACACUCUUGGAGACUCAACACCCAAAACCAGGUCACGAAGCACUAGCCCCCAGCCCCCGAGAUUCUCCUCAUCUGUGAAUACUGCUACGGCAUCCUAUGGCGGUUCUCCUGACAGUUCAGUCAGUCAUUCCUCCUUGAUGAGUUAUUUGGUCACUUUACCUAGCAUUCAGGUUACUCCACUCCUAACACCAAGUGACUCUUGUGACGAUUCGCAAAUGACAGAAUAUCAGAGGUUUUUCCAGAACAAAAGUACAGAUUCAGAACCUGACAAAGACAGACUUGACAUACCUAGCUGCAUGGAUGAAGACUACAUGGUUUCUUUGGAGUCCAACUCAUCUCCUAGAGACUUUUCAUCUUCUAGCCGACAGUCCUCACCUGGGUAUGAUUCUUCACCAUACAGAGAUAAUUCACCAAAGAGGUAUUUGAUGCCCAAAGGAGAUUUGUCACCUAGAAGGCAUUUAUCACCAAGGAGAGAGAUUUCACCCAUCAGACACAUUUCACCGAGGAAGGAAGCUGUAUUGAGGAGAGAGUUAUCACCACGGCGAGAUGUAUCUCCGAGACGCCAUCUGUCACCGCGGAGACCAAUGUCACCUGGAAAAGACACAUCCUCCCGAAGAGACCUGUCCCCACGAAGAGAAAGGAGGUAUAUGGCCUCAGUGAGAGCAGCAUCACCUCGAAGAGGCUUGUACCAUAACCCAACAUUGCCCAUGGGCCAGUAUUUACAAUCUGAGUCAGUUCCAUUGGGACAGUCGAGUUCAAGAUCAGGAUUGUUCCAGGGACCUUAUUUCAAUAUGUCUGGAGAAAAAGGAGCUCUGGAGCAUCACGGAUCUAACCGGUUUCCGGAGGGUCCUACUGACUAUGUCUUUAGUCACCUUCCACUACACUCCCAGCAGCAGCUUCGUGCCCCCAUCCCCAUGAUGCCCAUUGGAGGCAUCCAAAUGGUCCAUUCGAUACCUGCAGCCCUGUCUGGUUUACAUCCUCCGUCCGUCUUGUCCCUCCCAAAAGAGGGCUCUGGUGAGAAGAAGCGGGCAGCUUCAGAAACUGUUGCUAAAGAAUCUUAUAUCAUUUCUAAGCACCAUGAGAAACGUACCUGCCCUCACACUUUGCAUAGAGUGGUUCAAGGCAGUGCAUUGUCUUCUCAGUUGCUGUUGAUGAAAAAGAGCACUUCAGAAGAAGGGGUCAUUGAGAGGGAGCAGGAGGAAACCAUACAGACUUGUACAAAAGCCAUAGCCUCUCUCCGCAUUGCCACAGAAGAUGUUCUACACGGGACAGAGCAGUUGCCGAGGGAUUCUGAGCCUUCUCAGAAGCCCUCCUCAGAAAGUGCACAUUUUAGCAUGAAACACUUUAGUGGCUCUGAGCCAGGCCAGGUCUGUGCCUCAGCCACCAACCCUGACUUGCACAGUGGCGAAAAGGACCUUUUUGGUACAUCACAGACUGCAUUAUCUCAUUCCACCUUUUACAGCAAAAGCAGUGUGGAUGUCAGACAGUUAGGUUACCCUAGUAGGAAAGAUUCCCCGUCAAGCACACAGGAAAGAAAAGAGCCACCCUCUGAAAACAGCAAACCGCAGUGAUCCGAAAUGUGUGAAGACUUUAAUACAUGUGUUUAGCCCCACUCCCUUUUCCCCUACUAGUGAUAGAAGAAAGUAUUCAACUUUAUAGCAUGCCGGUUCUAAGUUACAGUAGUUUGCUAUUAUAUAUACUUUUGUUAUAUCAAAAGAAUUGAGUAAAACUACGAGUCAUCAUGAGCCUGACCAAAAUGAAAUUUCAAAAUUCUUAUUGGGUCUGGUACUUUUUAACCUGUACAGGUGUUUGUGCCUUUUCUUUACUUUUGCUUAUAUUCUUAUAAGCAUUUUUUUAGCAGUAAUUUGUACAUAUUUUAGAAUUUGUGUAUCUGCUUUGUAAUAAAUGUAAUUUCUUUCCUUUUUGGGACACUUUGACCUAAACGAUGUAAAGCAAAAAACAAAAAAAGCAUCAAUAUAUAUGUGAGGUUGCACUAAAAUAUUUUUAUAUGAUUAAAACUGAACAGCUUUUAUGUACAGCUCUGAUUCUGUAAUACUAAUAUUUAUUUACUUUGUUUCAUAAAUUGUACAUUUUUUCUUAAUGUUGCGGAUUGCUUUUCUAUGUGAAGCAUGGGAUUUACUGUUGCAUUAUUAGAACAAAAAUGUAUAUUGUAAACAAGAUAUUUAAACUAGAGUACCUUAUCUUAUUCUGCACUUAUGCAUUAGUUUAAAAAAAAUAAGAUAAAAGGAUGUAUCAGUCCGUUCUUAACUCUUGUAAUUUUUUUGUCUCUUGUUUGCUGGAUCGACUAUAACUUAAAAGUGCUGAUUGUGAUUUUAAAAAGAUAGUACCGUAAAGCAUUAAAGUAAAACCAUGUGCUAUUGUGAGUUUUUUCAAAGCUUUAUAAAACAGUUAUAAAUAUAUUAAAAGUAUUUGGUCUUAUGUGAACAUGUUGCUCUAUAUGCUCCUUUAAAAAUAUGGGAAAACAUUCCACCCCAUGUAAAUAUAUGCGACUUCAAGAAUUGGUGCAAUUUCAUGUAGAUUGUUUGGACGCUUAGAGGCCUCACCCUGUUUCAAGUGAAGUCAGUGGACAUUGUGAACUUGAUUUGAGCGGAAGCAGGAUCAGGCAAUAGGUCAACACAUAUCAUGAUCAAAGUGUCUUUUUUCCCCUUUUUUUGUAAAGGGAUGAAGUCUGGCUCCCUUGGCCUUGAUUUCAGAGGAAUCAGGCUUUCACCCCAGGUGAGAAAGCAUUUUUGACUAUAUAGAUGUUAUCGGCUGGCCCGGUAGCUUGGCAGUCAGUGCUGGGCACUGAAUGCAGGAGACAGAGCUGUCGAAGUGAUCUGGAAAGGGCUCCAUCCUAGUUGAUCGCAAGGGACUUAGUCAUAUUGCCAAGUUAUCUCACUUGCAGAGGCUUUAGGGUGGGUAAUGGGAAGGUGAUAUAAGAAGAAGAUUUGCUCUCAAUCAUCUCUGGACAUCAAGACAGCAGAUAGGCAUUUGGCAAAAUUCCUUGUCUAAAGGAAAAUGACCAUACAUGUCUGUUUAAGGGGGAAAGUUCAGUGAGCAAAAUAAUUAUAUCCUUCAAGAUUUAGGGCAUUUAUAGCACUCAAUUGUCUUGGGAGAAGACUGGGAGGAAUCAUUGCUUAUAUAUUUGAAGGUAUGACGGAUGCCCCCCAAAUAUACAUAACACAAACCCAAGUCAACAAAAAUCUGGGUUGUUUUCUGUGCUAUUUAGUGGAUUAUAAUUCUGUGAAAACACGUUUGUAUAUUGAAUUGCAAUACAUUUAAGGAGUGUUCUUUAAAAAAGAAAUAAAUAUACAGUUACA